AUGAAGGAGCCAGAAGGACAGUUGGCCCGCUGGCUAGAGGUCUUGUCUACGUAUGACAUGGAAAUCCAACGUAGACCUGGAAGGCUCCAUGGGAACGCUGAUGCGUUAAAUAGGAUGCAUUGUAAAUCCCCAGAUGUUCACCCAAGCUGUUGUCAGGAAUUUGUUGAAACUAUUCAAACAGUGAAGCCGUCUAAGUUAUCGAUAGACAGUACUUACGAACCGGUGACUUUCAGCAAGCUGCAAAAAGAGGAUCCUGAUUUGUCGGGAGUAAUACAAACAGUUGAAACUGGUACUCAAUCAAGUUAUGCGGAAAUCAGCACAAAUAAUGCCUUUGCCAAACUAAUGUAUAAUCAGUUGAGUUCUCUAGUAAUCGAGAAUGGUGUGUUGUGUCGGAAAUGGACCUGCACUGGGAACAAAAAGGUAAAGGUCCAGGCCGUGGUUCCUAGUAAGGAACGGGUGAAGGUACUUCAGCAGUGUCAUGACAGUCGAACAGCCGGUCAUCUAGGGAAUCAGCCACAAGUCAUUCACGUUGACCGCAUGCGCUUAAAGAAAAGCCAGCUACUAUCCCAUGAGAGAUCAGACCUUGACGAACCUCUUUCUGAUAAAUAUGAAUGUUGCCCCGACACCGAGUCUGCAGACUCAUUUAGCGAUGAUACUGAAAGCGAGGACGAGCAUGAUUUUCGUAUGGGUUGUCCAAAAAGACUUAUACGCAAACCAUCGAAUUUCGAAAUCCAUGCUGACUUAAGACCCUUGAUAGGUGAGUCGCAUCAACUUGACUGGGCACGAUUUCAAACUAUAAACAGGAUUAAAACAGAAAAAGAGGAGAAAAAGUUCAUGGAGACCAAAGCUUUUCAUGACGCACAAGAGAAACUCGGAAAGAACAGAGUCAUAAUGAUCAAGGGUAACACAGGAGACGGCAAGACUUCGACUGCCUUUCAACUCAUGGACUGGCUGAUCAAGGAGCAGCAAUGCAGACAACCUCUUCAGCUUCAUAAAAUCAAGAAAUUAGAUAAAUUGUCUCCAGACUCGAGUCUGGUUACUUUUAUUGAUGAUAUUUUUGGAGAGAGAAAUGUUAGAAAUACGGAUGUAGCUGAGUGGAACAAAAGAAUUAAUAAUGUAAAAACACUGUUUGUAGAUCAACAAAUGAAGGCCAAUUUUUUGCUUGUUACUAUUCGUAAUGAAAUAUAUAAUGAUUUGAAAGAGCGAUCUUUGAAACCAGUUUUUACCAAAGAUAACCUCAUUGACAUGAGUUCUGACACAUACAGGAUUUUAGAGGAAAGAAAAGAACUUCUACAAAAAUAUCUACCAAACAAUUAUAAAUGGGAAGAGAAAGAAAUAGAAAGUAUUGUAAAAUCUGCUUCAAGCAUUGGCUUUCCCCAAUGCUGCCACCUUUUCUAUAACUCUGGGGUAUUGCAGGCAAAACGUGGGAAAUUUUUUGAGAAACCUUUUGAAUUUUUGAAUGAAGCAUUUUCUAGAUUAUCAGAAUGUUGUGCCAUUUUGUUUCUUUUCCUCAAUGGAGGGGAGAUAAAAGUUAAAGAUCUAGACCCAAACAGUGAUAAAAUCAACAAAACAUUGUUAGAGGAAUCAUUUGAUAUUAAUCUGAUUGAUGGUGAGGAGGACAGAACCUCAUUGACUUACAAGAAAAAAGUAGGAUUUGUAAAAGAAAGUUUAGACAGAUUGCUAGGAUUUUUAGUGGUGAAGGGGAUACAUUGGUCUGUAACAGAAUGUGGUUUAUAUCUUCUGAGUGUGGGAGUCAAACCUGACAAUGACACAGACUGGUGGCCAUUGAUUACAGGAAGUGUUUUUCGUGGUGGUAAGGGAGAUGUGGAUGUACUUAAGGAAGUUGUUAAAUACCUGAAUGAUGAGAAGAAACAUGACUUGUUAAAUGAUGCAUGUCGUGCUGGUUCAACAGAAUGUGGUUUAUAUCUUCUGAGUGUGGGAGCCAAACCUGACAAUGACACAGACUGGUGGUCAUUGAUUACAGGAGGUGAUCGUGGUAAGGGAGAUGUGGAUGUACUUAAGGAAGUUGUUAAAUACCUGAAUGAUGAGAAGAAACAUGACUUGUUAAAUAGAGCAUGUUGGUCUGGUUCAACAGAAUGUGGUUUAUAUCUUCUGAGUGUGGGAGCCAAACCUGACAAUGACACAGACUGGUGGCCAUUGAUUACAGGAAGUGUUUUUCGUGGUGGUAAGGGAGAUGUGGAUGUACUUAAGGAAGUUGUUAAAUACCUGAAUGAUGAGAUGAAACAUGACUUGUUAAAUAGAGCAUGUCGGUAUGGUUCAACAGAAUGUGGUUUAUAUCUUCUGAGUGUGGGAGUCAAACCUGACAAUGACACAGACUGGUGGCCAUUGAUUACAGGAAGUGUUUUUUGUGGUGGUAAGGGAGAUGUGGAUGUACUUAAGGAAGUUGUUAAAUACCUGAAUGAUGAGAAGAAACAUGACUUGUUAAAUGAUGCAUGUUGUACUGGUUCAACAGAAUGUGGUUUAUAUCUUCUGAGUGUGGGAGUCAAACCUGACAAUGACACACUGUUGUGUGUGGCGGAGGGAGGGAGUGUGGAAUUGUUACGUAAACUACUGCAGUAUGACGUCACUAUAACAGUGAGGGAUGAGUACAACAACAACAAUGUACUACAUCGGGCGUGUGAUUCGGGGAGUGAAGAGAUGGUGACUGAGUUGUGUGAUAAGUAUCCAGACUUGGUACGUGACACUAAUAAUGAUGGACAAACUCCGCUCUAUGUCGCGGCAGAAAGCUUUAGAGGAAACUUAUCUAUAUUCCAGACAGUGGAGAGAACUACACUUCAAACCUUGUAUAAACAGUGUGGGACAGACGGACAUGUUGUACACAGGGAUUGUGUGUGGGGUCAGUACAUGUCUAACUUAGUGGACAGUAGAGGACGGACUGUAUUACAUGUGAGUUGUGAGAGGGGAAACAAGGAGAUGUGUGUCUAUUUAUGUGAGCAGUGUCCAUCACUGAUCACAGCUGUAGACAAUGAAGGACGGACUGUAUUACAUGUGAGUUGUGCGAGGGGAAACAAGGAGAUGUGUGUCUAUUUAUGUGAGAAGUGUCCAUCACUGCUCACAGCUGUAGACAACCGUGGCCGUCAUUGUCUACAUUACAUCGCUGAGUCGGACAGACCAGAUGUAGACUUGUUCACGAAGUGUGAGACUCGCGUCAAACAACACAUAGAAUCAACAGGAGGUAAGUAUGACAUCACAACCAUACUUGACGGGGAGGGGAACUCUGUUUUAGACUUGGCAAAGCAAAGGAAAGAGAGAUACAGUUGGUUAAACAACAGUUUGUAUGAUCAUCUUAUCAAAGUGUUCGGUAAAUAAACAUGCAGGUAUUAUAUCUAUAAAACGUCUUCUGAUAAUAAGUACAAACCAUUAAUAUCCUUCCUGUUCCCAGUCCAGGUGAUGUUCCGUUGUUUUUAUGAGGGAAAUCUGUCGAUAAUGAUGAUUUUCCUGUACGAGUUUGAAGAUCGACUUCGCGCUGCGGUAAAAUAGGCAGGCGGCGUCUUUGACUAGGUUCGAGUGAUUGAUGUCAAUUUCAGUGGAAAUAUUCGUACGUGAAUGGUAUGGCUACGGUCAGGUUUAACCAUCAGGGGUGUUCAGGAAUUACUAAAUUUGUGGUGUUAUUUGUUGUUUUUAAUUAGAAAAAGUGAACUAUGUUGUGUUCUAGAAUAAAGAGCUAUUUGGAAUAUUUCGCUAUGAUGAUUCUCCAACAAUGAGCAACGUGAUAAUUCUGUGAUAAAUCAUGUCUGGAGUCUGGAUUUUACUGUGGCCUAUGAAAACAGUCGCGUUAUCUUGAAAAUUGAUUUAACCAUGAGUAUUCUAAGAGAAAGAUAUAAUAUUUUGAAUUUUUUUUUUUUGAGAAAUUAAAAUACAUAAAACCAAAACAAACAGUCGGUGAUUAUUUUAAUGUGUUACCAAUAAACACUGAAUUAUUAACCAGGAAGCUUUUUAGGACUUGGCUUCAUUCUGAUAAAUUCUUCUCUUGGAAAUACUUUUUGUAGAACUUCAUUAAUUGAAUACAAAUAUUUUCAGGUA